AUGGACCCCGAACCGAACACGAUCACGGAUACAGCGGCACCCACAACCAUUAAUGUACUGACCCUGAAUUGCUGGGGACUCAAAUUCCUCUCCAAGUACCGUACGGAACGAUUGUCCGAAAUUGGCAACCGCAUAGCCAGUUACACACCACAACUCGAUAUCGUUGGUCUGCAAGAAUGCUGGACAUUCGGCGACUAUUUGGCCAUUCGAGAGCGCACCCAACACAUACUACCGUAUGCCAAAUUCUACCAUUCGGGCUCAUUUGGAGGAGGUCUAGCCUACCUCAGUCGCUGGCCGAUCACGGACUCGUCAAUGUUUCGUUACCCCCUCAAUGGUCGCCCAACAGCCUUCUUCAGAGGUGACUGGUACGUUGGUAAAGGUGUGGCAUGUGCUACCAUCCGCCUACCAGACAGCAAAUGUGUCGAAGUCUUCAACACUCAUCUACACGCCCCUUACGAAAGAGAACCAAACGACAGCUACAUAUGUCAUCGUACGGCACAAGCAUGGGAGAUUGCCAAACUUAUGCGUGCUGCGUCACAGCGAGGCAGUCUGGUUCUGGGACUGGGAGAUUUCAACAUGGUACCGUUGAGUUUUGCCCAUGUGCUGAUUGAAAGUCGAGGUGGCGUGAAAGACGUAUGGAGAGUCAUCAAGCCCGGCAGCAGUGUUGGGAAGAGCAAUCAUCCACCAGAGAUUGAGCGCAGAAAGCGAAUGAACGAGGAUCCGGUCUCAGACGUGGACAGCUGUCUGCGGGACCAUGGCCAUACCUGCGAUUCCGUUCUCAAUACCUGGCGCUGGAACCAGGAAGACCAGAAACGCUUGGAGAAAGGCACAAACCGGCACAUUCUAGGGACUGACGCCGACCCUAACUCGUACCGACUCGACUACAUCUUCUUCAAUGGCAUUGGGAAGGGCUGGAAAGUCGCUGACGUGAAAGUGGUGCUCACCGAAAGACAUCCAGAGUUGUUGUGUUCGUUGAGUGACCAUUUCGCGGUGCAUGCGACGAUAGAGAGAUCUCAGACGCAUCCACCGACGCCGACGGGUAUCGAAGCACAUGCUGCCAUGCACGAUGCAAGCACGGAGGACCCCAAAGCUGAGCUGGUCAACUUCGCGGCUAAGGACUUCGAUACCGUAUUAUCCAACCAGCCGACUUAUCAGUAUGUUGGAAAGGACUUCUACCAAGAUAUACUCGCCACGAUACACAAGUACAAUCUCCGAGAGAGGAAGCAGCGCCGCUGGAGGUGUUUGCAUUUCCUUGGUUCCGCUCUCGUCUCGAUUGGCUGUUUCGUUGCGGUCUGGUGGUUGCCCAACUAUGUCUCGUUCAUAUUGAUCCUCUUGAGCAGUCUCGGACUCAUGGCUGGAACUGUGGACGGGCUCAUAGGCUUGCUUUUUGUCGGCUCGGAGUUGAGAGCUCUUGCCGAAUUCGAAUGGGAGGUUCGAAAUGCACUGCAGCUUGCUGGUGGUCCAGUACAGGCUGACCGGGCACUGAAAGACUGGUAUGACUGA